CAUCGACCAGCAUCCCAAAAUUCCCUUCAAUUUGAGGCGCAUUGACUAUCGACGAUACAAUGCAGCUGCAUAUCACAUAGAUAAAUUCAUUGUCGACAUCGACGCCUUUGCUUGUAGGCUCGUUCUGGUGCCUUCUGGGAGUCGGAAAAGUGAUAUUUGGUUCAAUACCCGAGAUAGCUUAAUAUAUACGGACGCCUUCUUCAACCUCUUCACCUCCAUUCCCGACUUUUCUAGGGUCACCAUGCCUCCCAAAAACACCAAGUCAAGCAGCUCUGCUCUUUGCAAAAAUUUCCAGAACGCUCCCACUAACCCUACCCAUAUCUUAUCUGCCGAUAUACCUCCUCACUUGGUCGACUUUUAUCGAGUACCUGUCGAGAACGAUAUCAUAGCCGGCGUGGAGUGGAUCUAUUGCCUAUGGACACUUUUACAUCGCACAGCUCCUCCUUCGUAUCGUGCCUUCAAAGAGCUCGAUUCAACAGCUAGAGAGCUACACACUCUUCUCACACAAUCCCGUUCCUGGGAUAGGUGUACCACCUUCAAGCUUAUCAUUAGGUCGCAUGUUCGAACAAAAGCACUCCACACUAUCUACGACAUUCUCGAAUGUCAAGGUUACCUCGAGAGCACCUGCCCUGGGUUCAUCGAUGAUAUUCUUCAGGAAAUUGUGACCUGCAACUCGGAUAGCGUAGCUUUCAGUGCUGAUCUUCGUCGUCGAUGCAAGAUAGCUGCGCCAAUGUUGGAGCACAAGAUGUGGGCGUUGCAAAAGGUGCUCAUUAAACAGCAUAAAGUCAGUCAACUCUUCUUCAUUCAAUCAUGCGAUACACCUUUACUCACCAAUCCAUCACCAGGAUUUCAACCUUAAGAAUCAUAUUAGAUUCCUCAAUUACCUCUACCUAGGUGCAUUGACAAUAGCUCUCUUGUGCGCGUUUUUGGCGUUUGCUUCGAGUUUCUUUGAUAUAGAUCACGAUUCUUUAUUUGUUUG